AUGCUUCGCACAACCUUCCGCCAGACGGCUGCCUUCAGGCCCGUCCGAUGCUUCUCUACCACUCCUCGCGUCAUGACCGAGGGUGCUACCGGUGCUCCCCGCCCUAGUGGAGGUUCCGGUGAUGCUUUCCAGCGACGCGAGAAGGCCAGCGAGGAUUACGCUAUCCGCCAGCGUGAGAAGGAGAAGCUCAUUGAGCUCAAGAAGAAGCUCCAGGAGCAGCAGCAACACCUUGACCGUCUCUCCAAGCACAUGUAUGAUACCCAGUCACUUGCGCGAUGCUCUAGCAUCCCAAUUGAAUCCACAACUAACUCAUCUUCCUUCAGUGACGAGAUUACCAAGGAGCAGGGCAGUGAGCAGAAGUAA